AUGCGCAACCGAUUAGCACCUGAGGACAUUGCAAAUCCCGACCUCCCGUCAGACGAGCCCGCACGGCAAGCCUCUGUGGCUUCCAUUGUCUCCAGUGAGAUAGAAUUCUGUCUUGCUCUCGGGCGUUCACCAAUCGAUUCUUGGGCCGCAUCAAUAAUUUCGCCCCUGAAGGUGUCCCACAGAACCUGUCCCAAUGAAACACCCCAGGCUGAUCAUUGGACCGCUGGGGAGUUUUGGAGUGUACCGGGAGCAUGGGACAGGCAUAGAGAGACAAUUCAUUCGUUGACAAAGCUCAAGAAACAACAGACAAUGAACCCGAUGCGUUAUGCUUCCGUGCUGGCCCUGCUGUGCGUGACGUCAGCUGCGAAGCUUGAAGGCUACAGUGCCGGAGGCGACACCGGCCUGGGAGUCACGCUGGACGGAGUGCAUGGCGGCGCCGGCCACAGGGGCGUUGGAGGCGGCCGUGUGGUUCCCGCCAUCUUCGUCGGUUCUGGAGUGAUUCCUGAGAGUGCCUUCGGAGGCGUCAUCGGCGGGGAAUACAGUGCCCCGAGCGCUGUUGUCGCUCCUGUGGCAACUGGAGGUUCCUUUGGCAAUACCGUCGGAGGUGUCAUCAGUGGAGAAUACAGUGCCCCGAGCGCUGUUGUCGCUCCUGUGGCAACUGGAGGUUCCGAUGCUGGUGUCGCUGGAGGCUUUGGCUCUGGUGCCGUUGCAGAGGAGUAUAUCCCGCCAGUGGCAGGCCCUGAUGUCACGUCUAUGGAUGCCCCACCUGCUCCUAACACCGCAUACAUCACUCCCCGAAACUAAGCUAAAUUCUACUGGGCCUGGGUAUAGUGUCACGGUCCCCAUCAAUUGCUCAUUGAGGAUUGCGUUACAAUAAAGUCCAAAGGGAAAUCUAA